GCCGAGAGCGGCGCUGGGAUUGGCGCCCGGUGGCGAUCGGGGGGCGGGGGUGGCUGCUGGGAAGAUGAAGGAUUCGGUAGCCCGCGGAUGAGGAGGCUGCGGGGGUACUCGUGCUCCUGGACCCCGAGACCGACUGAGGGAUCGAGCUGCGCGGGGCCUGGGGAGUCAUGGUCUCCAUCACCUAACUCCAUGCUUCGAAUCCUGCUGUCUGCCCAGACUUCCCCUGCUCGGCUGACUGGCCUGCUGCUUAUCCCACCAGUACAGCCCUGUCUGGUGCCCAGCAAGUGGGGGAACCGGGCCUUUGGAGGAGACCCCCAUUCAAGUCCUGUGCAAGGCCUCCAGCGGCUUCUGGAACAGGCGCAGAGUCCUGGGGAGCUGCUGCGCUGGCUGGGCCAGAACCCCACCAAGGUGUGCGCUCAUCACUACCCUGUGGCACUUCGCCGGCUGGGCCAACUCUUGGGGUCCCAGCCUCAGCCCCCGCCCGUGGAGCAAGCCACACUUCAGGACUUGAGCCAGCUCAUCAUCGGAAAUUGCCCCUCCUUUGACAUUCACACCAUCCACACGUGUCUACACCUUGCUGUCUUACUUGGCUAUCCAUCAGAUGGCCCCCUGGUCUGUGCCCUGGAGCAGGAGCGGAGGUCCCGCCUCCCUUCAAAGCCACCUCCCCACCAGCAGCCUGUCCUCGAUGGUGGGCAAAGGUUGGAAGCUGCCCUGAGCUGCCCCCGUUUCCUGCGAUCCCCACGCCAGCAUCUGAUCCGCAGCCUGGCAGAGGAACGUCCUGAGGAAUUGACUCCCCACGUGAUGGUUCUCCUGGCUCAGCAUCUGGCCCGGCAUCGGUUGCGGGAGCCCCAGCUUCUAGAAGCCAUUGCCCACUUCCUGGUAGUUCAGGAAGCCCAGCUCAACAGCAAGGUGGUACAGAAGCUGGUCUUGCCCUUUGGGAGGCUGAACUACCCACCCCUGGAGCAGCAGUUUAUGCCCUGCCUUGAGAAGAUCCUGGCUCGAGAGGCAGGGGUGGCACCCUUGGCCACAGUCAACAUUUUGAUGUCACUGUGCCAGCUGCAGUGCUUGCCCUUCAAAGCCUUGCAGUUCGUCUUUUCUCCAGGUUUCAUCAACCACAUAAGUGGCACCCCUCAUGCUUUGAUUGUGCGACGUUACCUCUCCCUGCUUGACACGGCUGUGGAGCUCGAACUCCCUGGAUACCGAGGCCCCCGCCUUCCCCAAAGGCACCAAGUGCCCAUCUUCCCACGGUCCCUUAUCACCGACCGAGCUCGCUGCAAGUACAGUCACAAGGACAUGGUAGCUGAAGGGCUGCGCCAGUUGCUAGGAGAAGAGAAAUACCGGCGGGACCUGACUGUGCCUCCUGGCUACUGCACAGACUUCCUGCUGUGUGUCAGCAGUUCCGGUGCUGUGCUUCCUGUGAGGACACAGGACCCCUUCCUACCUUACCCACCACGAUCCUGCCCUCGGGGCCAGGACCAGACUGUCUCUAAUCCCACAACCCGAGGCCCUGCCCAAAGGGUAGUGCUAAUGCUGCGAGAACGCUGGCAUUUCUGCCGCGAUGGCAGGGUGCUGCUGGGCUCAAGGGCCCUGAGGGAGCGGCACCUGGGCCUGAUGGGCUACCAGCUCCUGCCGCUGUCCUUUGAAGAACUGGAGUCCCAGAGAGGCCUGCCCCAGCUCAAGAGCUACCUGAAACAGAAGCUCCAGGCCUUGGGCCUCCACUGGGGGCCUGAGGGAGGGUGAGGGAAACCCACAAGGGGCUCAGGACAGCCCCCUAUUGGGAGUUAGGCAACUUGCACUUUGGCACCCUAUGUUUUGAUUUUUAUUAAAGUCCCUUUACUUCCCCA